AUCCUGUGGGUUUGAGGAGUGUGUCAGGGCAGCUGGGCUUCCCAGCCUCACCAGCUGGGGACUGUGUACCCUGUCCCCGCUUGGGAUGGCCCCAAGCUGCCCCCAAAAGCGGGUGCUGAGUCCUGGGCAAAGCUCCAAAGCCGGCACCCCCUGCUCCCUGCGCCUCCCGUGUUCAUCUGAGGGAUGCCCCCAAUCCCGGGAUUGAGCUUGGCCUCAAAUCAGCUUUACCCCUGCUCCUGGCGGUGUUUAGAUCCAGUCAUCCCGAUCUGGAGUGCUCGUGGUCCCUCAGCCACGGAGGGACCCCCCUGUCCCCCCCUGAGGCCAUUUCUUCCCCAGCAGAGCAGGUCCCCAGACGUCUCAGUGUGUCCCCAAAGUGCACAGCCCCAGGGAGUUAAAGUGCUCCACGCCAGGUUUAAACUCGAGUUUUAUUGGAUUGUAGGAUGGAGAGCUUGCACAGGGCACCACCAUCCCUUUGUGCUCCAGGGGUACAUCCCAAAUCCCUGGGGAUUCAGGAGCUGGGCUGGCAUCCCGUGGGAGUGAUCCUGUACUGGGAGGGAGCUGGAAUACAGAGGAUGCUCUUUUUGGGGUCUGCUCUUUUUGGGGUCUGCUCAUUUUGGGUGUCCCAACCCACAUCCUCUAAACCCCCGGCUCAGCCCCGCUCACCCCCAGGACCCCUCACCUGUAAUUAGCUGCAUCUCGGCGUGGUGCUGGCCGCUAAUUAGGAGAAACUCGUCAGGCACAGGCUGUAAUGAAGCUCUGCCAGGGCUCUCACAGGACCGUGACGACCGGGGGGGGAAUUUCCAUGCGGGUGGCAGGAUUUCCAUGCGGGCGGCAGGAUUUCCAUGCGGAGGCUGGAUCCGGGUUUGGGUCCCCCUGGGUGAUGAAGAGGAGUGGGAUGCACUGGUGGCUUGUCGCCGUCUUGGGGGUGCUGAGCGGACCUGCCCGGAGCGCCGGGAGCUGCAGCGCCGCGGAGCCGGGCGCAGCGGGAUGCCCGCCCGGAGCCGAGCCCAGCCGGGAUCCAGCGGGGCCGUGCCGAGCCUGUCCCCCCGGCACCUUCUCGCGGGGGGACGCGCCCUGCGCCGCUCACACGCCGUGCCGGGCCGGGAGCGGGCUGCUGGUGGCGGCGGGGACGGCGGCCAGCGACAGCCGCUGCGGAGCCUGCCUGCCGGGGUGAGCCCAGCCCCUGUCCGAGGCUGGCCCGUCCUCCCCGCAGGCCGGCGGCGAGCCCGCAGCCCCGAGAUGCCGGGCCGGGCUCCGGGAGCCAACGGGACACGCGUGACCCUGCUGGGUGAGCAGGAGGAGGAGGCGGCAGCGGCGCAGGCAGCCGUGCUGACCAUCGUGCCGGUCUUCUGUGCCAUGGGGCUGCUGGGCAUCCUGGUCUGCAACCUGCUGAAGAAGAGGGGUUAUCACUGCACCGCCAGCAAGGAGCCCCAGCCCGGUGGCACCGGUGCCAGCUCCAUCUACCAGCUGGAGGAUGCCAACGAGGACACCAUCGGGGUGCUGGUGCGGCUGAUCACCGAGAAGAAAGAAAACGCAGCGGCGCUGGAGGAGCUGCUGAAGGAGCACCAGAGGCAGCAGCUGCUGCCACCGAGCUGUGCCCCCCUCAAUAAGCUGCACCUCCUGCCUCAGUUUCCCCCGGCCUGCCAGCACCAGCAGCACCCGCACACGGUGCAGGGGCCGGCCCCGUGCGCCCGCUGCGACCAGAAGUGGCCCCAGCUGCUGCCAUCCCUCGGUGCCACCAAAGUCCCCAAAGCCGCGGCUCCUCCCAGCGAGGUGACCAUCCUCUCCAUCGGCAGGUUUCGGGUGUCCCGGAUCCCGGAGCUGCGGGGCGAGGCAGGGGGGGAGCCCCUCCGUGGUCCCCUCCCCGCCGGCAGCGGGAUGUGACCCGGCAUGGAGCAGCACCAAGGGCCCCUCGAGCAGGCACCUGGCCUGGGGGCUGCCUCGGGGGUCAGUGACAGCCACAGGGACCCCGUGGAGGGGGUGAGGACAGCGGGCAUUGUGUGAGAGCCAGUCCAGCUCAGGGCUGCCAAGUGCUGGAGGUGGCAGCGCAGCUUCCUGCCACCAAGGUGUGCAAGAGCAGCACAGCAAACCCAGCGUCUCGCUCGGCUGGUGAGAGGAUCCUCUGUCCCCGAGGCCUGAGGGUGGCCACGGCGUGGUGGCCUCAUAGAUUGGAACUCCAGGAGCUGCGAUGCCAGCGGUGGUGGCCACGGGAAUCGUCAUCUCUGGGAACCGUGAUGCCACAGCACAGCUCCACUGGGAGCACAGAGGGCACUGGAUGCCAUUUCAUGGUCACCCUCUGGCUCUGUUGAACUCUGCAGGACCAUCAGGAACUCCUGAUUUCCCUCCAUCACCUGGUGCCAGCGCUCAGGAUAAUGGAUCACUGGAUCACAGAAUGAUUCCCCCUUCCCAACAGCCCAGCUGGGGCACGGAUUGCUCUGGGCAAAGCUGGUCUCCUGCAUCCAUCCAUCCAUCCAUCCAUCCUCUCUCCAAAGUCUCAGCUCACCGUGCAGAUGACACAUUUCACUUCCCAUAGGAAUUGCUUCUAUGGGAUCACGCUGGCUUGGCCGUGUUGGGAUCACUGGGAUAACCCACCCAAGGUUGGGUUGGAGACCAUCAGCCCCAACCACCAACCCAAAAAAGGGUUUGUGGCCGGUCCCAUUCACCUCCCCACGACAUCACCGUGCCAAAAAACCAACCACCAAACCCUCUGGGGCUCUUUUAUUUAUUUAUUUAAUUUUUUUUUGGAAACAUUUUAAUAGUUAUCGAAUGUUCUACAUCUUACAGUAAAUAUCGUACAGUUACAAACUCUUGGCUGAAAUCUGUCAGGGAGAUCACGACCUGAUCUUCAGAACCAAAACCAGAACAGAAAACAAACGGGAAAACAACCCCAAAUUUACACUUCAGAUGGACAAACUGAGGCUGUGGGGCUCUCCAGGGCAUCAGUCCAAGGCCAUGUUCCCUACACACCUGUGAGAUGUAGACUUGGAAGACGUGGUUACUCUUGGGUUUAAAUUUUUUGUUGUUGUUGUUCUUUCAGGGAAUUUUUUUUUGGUAUUUAUUUUUGUUUAAGAGGUCCAAUAAUACUUAAAAACGAGCUGGUCUGGUGGUCAAAAUCAAUUUAAAAUUAAUUACACAGAAAGAGGGGUGGGAGCCUGGUGUGGGUCGAGGCCGUGUUGUGGGAAUGGGAGGGUUUGGGUGUGAUCCUGCACCUUGCCAUGCUUCCCUACAAACCCCUCCCCUGAUCCUGAACCCCUCUUCCCCCUGGAAAAUUCCAGCUCCAUCUCUUGCAGGAGGAUGCAGGGAGGCUGCAGGUGGCCAUGUUGCAUCAAGAUUAUUCCCUACAAGCAGCACAACCGAGCGCUUCCAAAUGGGAAUCGCUCCUGUCAAACCACAGAUUUUGCUGUUCCUGCCCUGCAAACAUUCCCACAAGUUCUUUUACCUGAUUGCCAGAGAAUCUCCAAGUGCCGUGGUGCAACAUGCCACAGAAAUGCCUUUUCCAAGGAUUUCCUCCCUCCCAAGCUCCAUCACAGGCUUUAUUUUCCUUUUUUUUUCCCCUAAGGGAAUGCUAACACACAGCAGAGAAAAUAUUUGGAGGCUGAUCCUGGCUCAGGAGCAAAGCAAAGGGAAGAUGGGCAGAGGGUCACCACAGCUGGAGGGCCUGAAAGUAUUGGCAAUUAGGGAAAAAAAACCCAAACCAAAAACACCUGGAUUUAUGGGUAUCCAGCAGCUCUUAUUGCUAUUGUUGGCUGGUUGGAUUUUACCAAAAAUAAAGCCUCAAAUGUUAUUUU